AUGAGAGCCCUGCUUUCCUUCCUCGGGGCCUUUGCCUUGUUAUCCAUGCUUUCUCCAGCUGCCUGUUCAACAAGAUACUACAGCUGCAGGAUGAAGUGCAACAUGGAUGAAUAUUCAGUUAGAUACUGCGAAGACUGGAGCAUCUGCUGUAAGACCAAGAAAUCAGAAAUUAAGAGAAAAAAGAAAUGGUGA